AUGGCGCCUCCACGGACUCGUCCAAUCCAGAAGUUCGCUGCAGCCGUUUCACAGUGCUCUCCUGAGGCAGCGGUAUAUGGCAAGUGCAUUGUCGCCGACUACAAUUCAGUGCACAAAGACAAAUGCGUCAAUGAGUUCAUGCGCUUAAAGGACUGUUAUCUGAAAGCUUCGAAGAAGGCGUGA